UGUAAAGUAUUCCAAUUGUUUCCAUUAGAAAUUCUACUCAAAGAAAAUUUCAAAUAUGACACAUGGAGACGGCUCAGUAUAGUAUUUUACAUUAUUAGCCAGGUAAGUGAGUUUUUACUGGCGAUAGGAGAAGUUGACUGGCGAGCCUUUCAGCCACGUUGGUGCUCAUAAUCAACCUCUUCAGUAACUAGCGACUCUCUGUGUGGACAGUUAUAAUGUCUUUUGUUUAAGAUCUCUGAAGUGCUUUGUUCGCUACAUCAAGGUCCAGUAUCAUCUAGAACAGAAUGAAAGUUAUAAAUCACUAAGUUAUAAAUUCUGCUCUGUAAUGGUAAAUAGAGCUUAACAACCAUCCAACUUAUUUCUAUGAAUGAGCCCACCGUCGGGUAGUACUAAAGUACUGGUAGCUACUGCGAACUAAACAAAAAUUGUUACAAAAGAAAAGGGCAACCGAUUAUCUCUUUCAGUGACGACCAAAAACCAGCGGUUUGUAAAAAAAACCAUUUCGCUUCCCACAACGAUUAUCUUUGCUGAUAUCGGGACAGGAAAUUAUGAGUGGUUUUCAACUCGACUUCCAAAUUAUCAAUUAAGUACCCUUCACACUUACUGAUAUCGCAUGGAUUAACGGAUAUAUAAGGAGCAGCUAGUCCUAAAAGAUCAUGAUUCGACGUCUAACAUUCCCUUCAGCAAUGUUCGCAAUAGUGUUAUUGGUUUCGUCAGCGUUAGUGCAAGCACUUCCGACUCCACUCUCUGAUCACGACUUAUGGCAACGAAGCGGUAAAUUUGAAGGCGACAUGGUGUUGGCACCAUGGCAAAAAAAUGGAGUUAUUGAUGUCAAAUUAAGAUGGACAAACAGACAUAUACCGUACGAACUCUCGGACGAGUUUGAUCAACAGCAAAAGGCGCAAAUUAAUGAAGUACUCGAACGAGAGUUUGCCAAGACUUGCGUAACAGUGAAACCACGCGUUAAUGAAGCGGAUUAUGUUUACGUUACUGGCGGAGAUUCCGGCUGUUGGUCGCAUGUUGGCCGACUGGGAGGAUUACAGGGGUUGAAUUUGCAAGUUAGGGGGUGUGUUUGGAACCACACAAUCGUUCACGAGUUUUUGCACGCUGCCGGUUUUUACCACCAGCAAAGUUCCACAGACAGGGACAACUUCGUGGAUAUAUUUUGGGAAAAUAUUGAACCAGGAAAGGAGUAUAAUUUCGACAAGUACAAUGCUGAUUUCGUGACGAGCUUCAAUGAAACCUAUGACUACGGCAGUAUCAUGCACUACGCAAAAACAGCGUUUUCUGCCAAUGGUAAACCGACAGUACUACCUAAGGGUGAUUCUACUAUUCCCAUUGGAGUAACGAAUGUAAUGAGUGAAAUUGAUAUUCGAAAACUUGCUAAAAUGUAUGAUUGUGUUGAAAUGUGA